UUUUCGUUACCAUCGUACUCCAUAUCUUUCUUACCAUUUCUUCCCAAAUGUUCUUACUUCCUCUACCCUCUGAACUAACCCAAGAAACAUAAAUUUUUUUUUUUUUAAAAAACCCCAAAAAGUAGAAAAAAAAGAGGCAAACUUCAGAACCCAUUUCAUUCAAUUUUUCCCACAUUUUGAUUUCGAUGAGAUUCGAAUCAAAACCCAAAUGGGGUUUCUGGGUCUGAAUCCAAAUUUUUGAUUGAAGACAAAAAAAACGAAAAAAGGGGAGAUUUUUAUGGAGAGAGGCCAACCUGCUGCGCCGAGCAGCUUAGAGAUAAAGGUGGUGAGUCCACGGCGGAGCGACAACGUUGUGCACCCGGCGGGACAGCCUCCGGAGACGACGACGCCGCGGCAAUCGUUCAGCGACUACAGCCCGUUGAAGAGGUGGGUGUCAUGGCUGGUGCCGUCGAUUGUGGUGGCCAACAUUGUGGUUUUUGUGGUGACCAUGUUCGUGAACGAUUGCCCCAAGAACUCCGACACUUGCAUUGGUCGGUUCCUCGGCCGCCUCUCCUUUCAGCCCUUCAAGGAAAACCAUGUUAGAAAAGAUGGGUGCUCUAGACGUUCAGAGAGUGGUUCAUCGACACCAGGGAUGGCGGCUGAUCUCAUGUAUGUGGUUACAUGCUGGAGUUUUCCAUGUGCUUGCCAAUAUGCUGAGUCUUGUAUUCAUUGGAAUUCGGCUUGAGCAAGAAUUUGGUUUUGUUCGAAUUGGUUUCCUAUAUCUCAUGUCUGGUUUUGGUGGGAGUUUGCUUUCAGCUCUUUUUAUUCAAUAUGGUAUUUCUGUUGGUGCUUCUGGUGCACUUUUUGGUUUACUCGGAAGCAUGCUUUCAGAGCUCAUAUCAAAUUGGACAAUGUAUGUAAAUAAGUGCAGUGUUCGUUUGCUGUAGGAGCUCCCUGCAGUCGGGACUCGGAGGGAAUGCGACGGAUAGGCUGGCGCUGCUUGCCAUCAAAGCUCAAAUAAAGCAAGAUCUCCAUAAUUACAACGUGAUGAGCUCCUGGAACGAAUCCACGCACUUUUGCAUGUGGAAUGGUGUGACGUGCAGUCGACGACAUCGUCAAAGGGUCACUACCCUAGACCUGCAAUCUCAAAAUCUGGUAGGGAAACUAUCCCCAAACAUUGGAAAUCUAAGUUUUCUAAGGGAGCUGUGGCUGUUAAAUAACAGCUUCAGUCAUGAAAUUCCUCCACAAAUUGGGAAUUUGCGUAGGUUGCAGGUAUUGCGAUUAGACUUUAACUCGUUUAGUGGCAGUAUUCCACACAAUAUAUCAUAUUGCUUCAACCUUAUCCAUGUGAAUUUCACUCGCAACAAGUUGGUGGGUAAAAUUCCUUCAGAAAUUGGAUUGUUGUCGAAGCUGCAAAAACUUGCAUUAGAAUAUAAUAAUGUAACGGGACAGGUCCCUCCUUCCUUGGGGAACCUUUCGUCUCUCCAGGGACUAAGUCUUCUUAGUAAUAACUUGAUGGGAAACAUCCCUAGUUCUCUUGG